AUGCAAGCUCAGCAGUAUCAGGCUCAGGCAGAGCUGCUCGCACAGGCCCAGCUUCAGCAGCAGAUCCAGCAGCAGCAACAGCUCCAAGCCCAGGCUCAGUCCCGUGAGCGGCGAACCAGCCUCAACUUCAACCCACCCGCAACCGCUGGGCCCAUGACCAACUCGUUCGACCUCCGCGCGGCUACUCUCAGCGCCCAGAUGCGCCGUGCGAACCAGGCUGAUCAACUUAGAGCCCAGCUCGGCGUCGCUUCCGCCACUGCAGAUGACCAGGUCCCCAUGACAGCUGCACUCGGAGGGCGCUUUGGCAGCCGCUCCACUAGCCUCAGCGGCCCCGGAUCCAACAAUCAGGCCAGGUUUGACGAGCACGGCGAGCCUCCUGCUACCCCAAGCUCAACCACCGUCAUCAGCGGCGGCACCUCUCUUGGCCAUCCAGCAUCCAACAAUGGCGGCGUUGUCCCUUCAAAAUCGGACUCGGCCUCCAACUGGAGGAGGGGCGGGAACAACAACUCAGUCCUUAGUGGCAACCGUGCGGUCUCUUCCCCCAGUGUCAAGAUCACACCCCCGCCGAGCGAGGAGCGGGUUUCACCUCCUCCUGGCCUUGGUCUCGACAGCGUGACGUCUGCUGCUGCAACCGCUUCUCCGAUCUCUGCUUCUGGACCUAAAUUCCGCCCCCAACCACUUCGCUUCAACCCUGCUGUGUCGCAACCCCUUCCAGCAGUGACGAUCGACAACACUGAUGAAGACACUGAUGGGGAAACCCAGUCCUCCGGAUCGUCUGUGAAGAGCUCCUCUCCUACGACUCCCCGCUCCUCCUCGUCGAACGAAAUGCCUCUCUCGCCGCGCGAGGAGGCAAGCAAGCGGCUCUUCGAGGGUCUGGGAAUUGGGCGACCGGUGUCGUCCACCCCACCUUCUUCGUCUUCCUUGGAGGCCGAGCAGCAACAGGGAGAUGGUGCUUUAGCGGCCUUUGGCAACUUGAGCUUGAACAACAGCAACACCGGCAGUGUCGCAAAUGCGAACACAGCGGCUGCAGCUGGCCACAGGAUGGUCAGCCAGCCGACAAGGCAGCCCCGUGGGCCGCCGUCGGGCGCUGACGAGCUCGGGCCGAAGAACUUUGCGACGCGCAUCAGGAGGAAGGCUAUUGGCGGAUUGGGCAUGCUUAUGGGUGCCCGUGAGAGACGCGAGUUUGUUGAGGCGUAUUGA